CAUUAAGGCUACUAAGUGCUCAGCUUGACUUGAGAGGACUGAAGGAACUCAUUUAAAACAAUGGAAGAUGAAUGCAAGGUAAUGUUGGACACCGCAGUCGACACAGGCGCCAGGGAACAGGCAGCACAGAGUGUCAAACCGAGCUCAAAGCUAACCACAGCCCUGCUGGCAUUCACACUCUGCUUUGCUGCCACAGCUGCUGCUGCCCUCAUCUUUAACAAGGAUGUCAAGGGUUCAGGACCAAAUGAAGACAAUUUUGAUCUUCGUCAUACACUGAGGCAAAUUUCAAAUGUGAGAGCAGCCAUUCAUUUAGAAGGAGAAUACAAUGCUGACAUAAAAACCUCAGUGGAAUGGAAGAAUCAUGUGGAUCAGUCUCACUUUCAAGGGGGUCUAGAACUCAAUAACAAUGAAAUUGUGAUUCCAGAAAAUGGCCUCUACUUUGUUUACAGUCAAGCAUCUUUUCGGGUCAGCUGCAGCAGUAACAAUGUUGAUGACACUGCCUCCAUGGUCCACCUAAGCCACACUGUGAAACGCUGGUCCAGCUCAUAUGGGAAUGAUGAUGCCAAGAAGUCCUAUCAAACUAUCCUACACUCUGUCCGCACUGCCUGCCAGAAGAUAGCCAUCAGUGAGUCAGAUAAGGAUGGGAGCUGGUUCUCUGCUGUGUACAUGGGAGCUGUUUUCAACUUGAGGAAAGGAGACAGGUUGAAGACAGUGAUGGAGGAAGAGAUGCUGGAGAAACUGGAGGACGAGCCUGGCAAGACUUUCUUUGGUGUGUUUGCCUUGUGAGGAAAGGUGACUGAGAGAAACAGGUAACAGAUAUGAAGGCACAUAGCUAGCCAUCAAAUACUGUAAGGCCUGCAGCCUACUGCCCCACUGAAACUCACUUACAUUGUUGAAUGUUAGGGUUAACAGAAGCCUUAUGCUGUAUUAUCCAGUCAGUGCGAUAUCCAAGAGUAGGCUUUAAACCCAAACUUUAAAAGAAUGUAUAAGCAAUUUAAUGCUUGUCUAUAAUGUUAUGUACUAUGUACUACUGCCUUAUUGUUGUUACAUUUUGCUGUAGUCCCAUGCUGAGUUUGCACCACUUUUGGCAUUUGUAUGAAUUUUACUAUGACUGUUGCAUAUUUAAUGUGUAACUACAGGCUGACAGAAACAGGUAGAAGUGGUUUUAUUUAUGUAUUUAUUUAACAUAACAUUGUCAUAUUUAUUUUAUUUAUUCAAUAAUAUAUAUAUUUGUGUGUGUGUGUGUGUGUGUGUGUGUGUGUGUGUGUUUUCAUGUGUUUUUCCAAAGAAUGUCUUUAUCAGAAAUUGUGGUAAAUUAUUCAUUGUAACUGAUAAUCAGUUUAAUAGUUUUUAGGGGUUUUUUUGGUCUGUGGAAUAUUUGUUGACAUUCGAAAAUAUUUUAUUAUAACUUCAGUGGUGCUUGUGGUGCUAUGAAAUUGAAUUAAAAUCA